CAAACCCAACCAUCUUGUUGCGCACCGGCUUUCCUCCCAGACAGCUCCAUCGGGAAAAAGCGCUUCGCGUCGCCUGCGCUCUGUCCAGGCCAAGCCCACAGGUCUGCGCGAUCCACGUCCGCUUCCCGGCGUCCCGGGCACGGCGCUGCGCGGGCGCGCGCAGCCCUUCUGCAAGGAAGAGGAGCAAGCAGUGCGGGGCCCUCCCCUUUUGUAGGCUCACCGCGGGCAGUGGCAGUUGGAGAUACCGGAAGGACUCCCGCCUCCCCUCACCCACUCCCUCCACCCGCGGAAAAGUGAGACCCUGGAGACGAACAAAGACAAAACCCGCUGGGGAGGCGGACCGAGGUGCCAGCGCCGGGGGAGGAGGGCGUUGGGGCGGGGCCCGGCCGGCGCCGCGAGUCCAUUUUGCGGCCGUUCUCGGCGCGUAACGCGCGGUGCCCGCGGCUGGAGGUCAGGCAGCUGCGUGGCUCCGAGCAAUUCCCUUUCAGCGGCCCUGGAGUAGCCUUGUCUGAUUACCAGUAACGACAAGAAGAAAAAAGAACAAAACCCGAUUGCUUUGCCCCGGGAAGUAGUAAUCCUGACCAAUACACCUGCUUGCAAGAGACGGAGGAGAUGUGAUGGAGCUGCUGGAAGAAGAUCUCACGUGCCCAAUCUGUUGCAGUCUGUUUGAUGAUCCUCGAGUUUUGCCUUGUUCACACAACUUCUGCAAAAAAUGCUUAGAAGGGCUCUUAGAAGGGAAUGUGCGGAAUUCACUGUGGAGAUCAUCUCCAUUCAAGUGCCCCACAUGCCGUAAGGAAACUUCAGCUACCGGAGUCAAUAGCCUACAGGUUAAUUACUCCCUCAAGGGUAUCGUGGAAAAGUAUAACAAGAUCAAGAUCUCUCCCAAAAUGCCAGUGUGCAAAGGACACUUGGGGCAGCCUCUCAACAUUUUCUGCCUGACUGACAUGCAGCUCAUUUGUGGGAUCUGUGCUACUCGUGGUGACCACACCAAGCAUGUCUUCUGUUCUAUUGAAGAUGCCUAUGCUCAGGAAAGGAAUGCCUUUGAGUCCCUCUUCCAGAGCUUUGAGACCUGGCGUCGGGGAGAUGCUCUUUCUCGCUUGGAUACCUUGGAGACUAGCAAAAGGAAAUCUCUACAGUUACUGACUAAAGAUUCAGAUAAAGUGAAGGAGUUUUUUGAGAAGUUACAACACACAUUAGAUCAAAAGAAGAAUGAAAUCCUGUCUGACUUUGAGACCAUGAAACUUGCAGUUAUGCAAGCCUAUGACCCAGAGAUCAACAAACUCAACACCAUCUUGCAGGAACAGCGAAUGGCAUUUAACAUUGCUGAGGCUUUCAAAGAUGUAUCAGAACCCAUCGUAUUUCUGCAACAGAUGCAGGAGUUCCGGGAGAAAAUAAAAGUAAUCAAGGAAACUCCUUUGCCUCCCUCUAAUUUGCCCACAAGCCCUUUAAUGAAGAACUUUGAUACCAGUCAAUGGGAAGACAUAAAACUAGUAGAUGUGGAUAAACUUUCUUUGCCUCAAGACACUGGCACAUUCAUUAGCAAGAUUCCUUGGGGCUUUUACCAGUUAUUUGUGGUAGUCAUUCUUCUUGGCCUUCUCAUUUUCUUCAGUCCUACCAUAUUCCUCGAAUGGUCUUUAUUUGAUGAAAUCACAACUUGGAAAGACAGUCUUUCAAACUUUAGUUCUUAUCUGACUAAAUCAGCUGAUUUUGUAGAACAAUCAGUUUUUUACUGGGAACAGUUGACAGAUGGGUUUUUCAUUUUCAGUGAAAGACUGAAGAAUUUUACUUUGGUGGUGCUGAACAAUGUGGCAGAAUUUGUGUGCAAAUAUAAACUAUUAUAAAAUCUGUUUCAAGGACAUAGUUCUGUGUCUUUUGUUAGAAAUUUGAUAGAAUACAGAGUGGUAGAGUUCAGAUGUGUGGUCAAGAUUCCAGUGAGAUAUCUUCCUCCAAAAGUAUACCUUUCAAAAAUAAUGUCUUAUACAUGUCUUUGAAAUUAGGUAGCAUAAAGAUAAAAGUGAAAUUUAAUAGUGUAGGCCCAAACCUUCCUUCCUUUUUAGAGUGCUUUUGAAAUACGCAUCCUGUCCCCAAUAUUGGUUGUGUUUUUGUUACGAAAAAAGGGGAGGUGAGAGCACACAAUUUAGUAUUGUACUGAUGAGGUAGUAUCAUAAUGAUUGUUCUUAAGCAUGUAAUAAAGACUACUCUUGUAAAGCCA